UCCGUUCCGAAACCGUGCCCGGUAGUUCCAUCCCCCAGUGCAGUUGUGCGUCUAGCAGUUUCGCGGUGUUAUCUCGACGCUUAAGGUGAUGGUGCCUUCUUGCGAAAGGUUUCCCAGCUCGCAAACCUCCUCCUCGUUGUGCAAUAACUCCUCGGAAUCGAACCGUGGCGUCUGAGGAUGUGGCGCCGUGCCUUGUGAUACAAAUGUGCACAGCAUUGACACAUCGUUGGCGAUAUCGUUGGUGCCGUGAUUAGAUGAUUUCAUCAGAAAAGCGGACCUUCCUCUAGUCGCCCACACCGAAGGUCUUCCACCAAAAAAAAAAAAAACAAGCAAAAAAGCAGUUUCAGUUGCAGGUGCGGUGCGCUGCUGAAAAGGCUCACGUAGGGUAGUGAAUUAACCUGCUGUUUCGUUCGAUUCUACUGCACGCGGGAAGAAAGAAACAGCCAGAAAUUUGCAAAGUCAAUAUCCUUUUAGCGUUGGUGUGAAGUGUCUGCAAACCCGUUGCGUAUAUCCUAACACGUUUCCCUUGCCGUGCGCGCGUACGCCUGGAGCGUUGUGUUCGUAAGCAAGUGCACAAAAAGGACACCUUUAGCGGGCACCCAUCGAAUGCGUGUCUCCAAAGUGUCAUCACGGUAGCGUAUCAGGUUGGGCGUUUCGAAUCGAUCGUGUACUUAUACGUGCUUUGACCAGCCAAGCAUUCCCAGGGAAGCUGGUUGCGCCCCAUUCGACGUAGGAAACCGCGAAAUUGUUUACCCUUUAUUACCAUGGCGCGGCUCACGGAGGAAAUGGUGAUUGCCCGAUCGAAGCAAUCCGAUCUAGCCGCCAUCAAGAAGCUGAACUGCUGGGGCAGCGAGCUGAGUGACGUUUCCAUCAUUAGACGCAUGCGUGGUGUGGAAGUGCUUGCCUUCAGUGUUAAUCGAAUAAGUACACUAGCGGAUUUCGAAAACUGUAUAAAUCUCCAGGAGUUGUACCUCAGGAAGAACAAUCUUACCGACAUCGAUGAGCUAGUUUAUCUCCAGAACCUUCCCAAGCUGAAAUUCCUUUGGCUGGAGGAGAACCCGCUGGUGGAGAAUGCCGGACCAAGCUACCGGCAGAUAGUGCUGCGAGCGCUGCCAAACCUUAUGAAGCUGGACAACGUCGAAGUGACGCCGGAGGAAGUCAACGAAGCGAUGCGAGCGCCGGUCGCUCAACCGCAGCGGCACGAGGUGUACGAAAAUCCGUCACCACCGCCGCAACAACAUCAACCCCCGGUUCAGCAACAGCAGCAGCAGCAGCAACAGUACCGUCAGCAAAGCCCAGUUAUCGAGCAGCAGAUGAGUCCGGAAAAUACGGAAUCCGAGUGCAUCAGUGAUCCCGCGGAUCGUGCCUCGAUCCCAUCCUCACCAUUGCAGCGAAGUCCUCCGAACAGGGACUGUUACUCACCACCGACACAAUCACAGAAUCCGCAUGCUUCUGCGCACUACAACACGAGCAACAAUUCCCGCGGUUCCUACCAGCAGUACGAUAGAUCACCGGGCUCGGACCAGGACAGCCCGGUGUCGGGUUACCGAGAACGGGUUCCGAUUGCACCCAGCAUGUCGACGCACUCGAUGAAGGAGUAUUACCAGUCAGAUUACCAGCGGCAGAAUCCUCCCGCCCACUACCGGCACAGCCAGAUGGAUCUGACUGAGUGGGACGAAACAUCCCCGGGUGGGCACCAGAACAACAACAACAAUGGCGGACAAAACUCGUCCAACAAUCAUCAACAGCAACAGGGGCAGCAACAUGGCCAGUCGCACUAUCAGCAGAACCGGCGAAGCAUCGCCGGCAGUACAGUGAACGAGCGCGAACUGUAUCAGUAUCGGAAUGGCAACGGCAAAGGGCCAGAUUCACGGGACGAAUGGGAGGAUGUCGAUCGACGCCGGAAUGAGAAUAGGAGAUCCGAUUCCCGGUUCAACGAUAGUGCGAGUGUCAUCUCGAAUGCUCUGCUGAACCAUUUCGCUGGCGUUCACCGAAGGCCCGUUAGUAGGAACUCAAAUCUACUGUCGGCUACCCUCUGCCUGGUGAAGGAACUCGACUAUCCCAGCCUGGAGGUUGUGGAACAUGCGGUACGAUGCCGCAUCGACGAGUUGGCCGAAUAGGCCUUUACC